GUUCUUGAAAAAGAGUACUAAAAAUCAAUUACAUGUCAUAUCUUUAGAAUGUCAGAAUUAAAGAUUUUAUAAUUUAUAGCAUAUGUAUAUAGAUAUAAUAGACCUAGAGAGGGUUGUUUAUGUAUGUGAGAUAUUUAUGACCUGAGCCUAAAAGGGUGUCUCUGCUUUUGAGAUUUCUGAAGCUUUGUAUAGGUCUUUUUGUGUUCCUAUAUUUGGUACUCUGAAACAAUAUUCAUGGCUGUUACAGCUAUGGUUGUGUACUAUUAUAUGCUUUUCUUGGGCUUUGAUUAUUUUCCUCUGCUACUUGGAGUUAAAGGGGUUGUUGUUAUUCAGUUCUUUCUAGUGGCAUUUUCAGUCUCUCUACAAGGUGGGGUAAGGUUUGCUGCACACUGUCCUUCUCACACUUCAUUUGUGUGAUUAUACUCGGUAUUUUUUUUUUUUUUUGUUGUUGCACUAACCCCUUGUGUUUCUGGUUUUGUCUGUUUCCUAUAAUCUUUUUGGAUCUUCUUGCAUCUACUAUUGGAUUGUAUAUGACUAUUCUUAACUGGUUUUGGACUCAUUAGUCUUAUUUUCUGGAAAUUUCAUCUGACUAGCUUUUGUCUGUUUUCUAUCACAAUCCUUUUACAUGUUUAAUUUGACCUUAAGGUUCAAUUAGUCUAAAAAAUUGAACUAUUUUUGUUGUUUUCUUGAUACUUUUGCUGGAAUUUCUAGCUGUUUUUAAAUUAUAUUUGUGUAAUCUGCAGCAUAGAGAAGAAUCUUGAGAAAACAAGCAUUGGAGUGAUUGAAGUUUGAGGGUUGAUUUUGUAAGUAUGUUAUAAGAAGUUGAAAAUGGCAUCAUCUUCUGCUGAAAACAGUCCGGUGCCACUCAGAGUAGCACCGCCAAAUUAUCAUCCAUAUCCACCUCCAUUGGCUACAUAUGAAAAUGUUGUGGCCUCUCCUCAACUUUUUAUGGAUACUUUGCAGAAGUUCCAUGCUGCUAUGAGAACCAAGUUCAUGAUCCCGGUUAUAGGGGGGAAACCGCUGGAUUUGCAUCGCCUCUUUGUCGAGGUAACUACUCGUGGUGGUAUCGCAAAGGUUCUAGGGGAAAAAAGAUGGAAGGAAGUAACAACAGUUUUUAGCUUUCCUUCUUCAGCCACAAAUGCUUCAUUUAUCCUCCGGAAGUAUUAUAUUUCAUUGCUCCAUCACUAUGAAAGAGUCUACUAUUUCAAGGCGAAGCACUGGACCCCUUCUCCUGACGUGUUGCAGCAAGUUUCACAUGCUGCAGCUCCACCACAUGGCUUGGCCGGAUACAUGCUUCCAUCACCAGAAAUAGAAGCUGCCACGCCCAAGUUGCAGAUGAUAGAAACAACAUUUCCUGAAGAAACAGCAGCACCAUCGACAGGUUCGCCAGUGUGUG